GCCUUCCACCUCCACCUCGCCUCACUUAGCCGCAACCACCUUUCGCUGGCCAAACUCGCUCGUUACAGACAACGCAGGCUAGGUCUUAUGUCCCAGGAAGACCAAUUAACAUGCCGGAUAUGCAGCGCACCAGCCGAACCAGACCAGCCGCUCUUUCAUCCAUGCAAGUGCUCCGGUAGUAUCCGGUACAUCCAUCAAGAUUGCUUGAAGACAUGGCUCGCGCAUAGCAAGAAGAAGACAUGCGAUAUAUGCAAGUUCCCGUAUGCCUUCACGAAAGUGUAUGCUCCGGACAUGCCGGACAGACUGCCGGUGCUAUUGCUUCUGCGGCAACUCUCGCGGCAAGCAUUCACCACAGUAGUGUUCUGCAUACGGGCUGCAAUAGUCGCUACGGUAUGGCUUGCACUACUACCGUGGGCUACUAUCUGGACGUGGAGGAUGUACUUCGCCAUGGGCGACUCAACCGCUUGGUGGAUCAGCGACCUACCAAGGCCACCGCAAGACAAUGAUGCUGCCAACACGUCGUCUCUGCACGUCAACACAAGCACGCCGAUCAGCAAUACCACUUCUUUCCUGUCGCAUCCUAUUGUCCGCUCGAUCUCGUCGGACAUAGUCUCAGGUCAAAUCAUCGCGUCUCUCAUUGUCCUCGCUUUCCUCGCCAUCUUCCUCCUGCGUGAGUGGAUAGCGCAGAACGCUCGCCCGGGAGUCUUCGAAGAGGGCGACGUAGCUCCUGGUGACCUCGCAGUGGCUCCGCAACAACAAGUAGUACCGCAGCUUCCUGGACCGAAUCAACCAGCUCCUCUCCCUGCUCUGGCUGCUCCGGCCCCUGCACCAGGGCCGAAUGGUCACGCAGCGCAGGGGCAGGACAAAGACCAUCAACAGGAGGAAGACGAUGGGACGCCGAAGAAGAGGGCUCGUCGGGACACAGAAUCUGAAGAAGAGCAACCCUAUGUGCGUCGACCGACACCUCGUUUGGCCAGAGACAAGGGCAAGCGCUUCGACCGUCGCGAGCGUAUGGCUGGUGCAACUGGGCAUGACGGGUUACGUAGACGGUAUCCGUUCAGAGACUCCUCUGAGUCACCAGAGGACGAGAACACACAGAAUUACUUGGCAGAUGAGCUCGACGACGACCAAUUGCCCGGGGGUUCUGACCAGUCAGGGACGAACGGUAUAGACGAGACCGACCGGACACCACCACUAUUCCUCGGAUCCGUCAGCACGGACAUCUCAUCGUGGAACCCGCGUUUCGGGAAAACCUCCGGCGACGACGCAGGUCUCCCAAGGCCCCGGUCUGCGAACCCAGACGCACCAGAGGACGUUACGUCUUUGGUGUCACCCAUUGACGUUCGGACGCCCGUUAAUAUGCAUAUCCCACGAGAAUUGCCCUCCCCCAUCAUCGCCUCCGCUGCAUUUGAUAGAACUGUGUCGGACAACAUCGAUAGUCUGACGAACGUAGGACCCAUUUCAUCAGUCUCGACGUCCUCCACUAUCUCGGACGUCCCGAGCGGUCUUCGGCGUCCGCCAUUGCCCAGUGUCACAUUGCCAUCGCCUUCGUCCGGUGUACCACCAUCAGCGAGUGCAUCCAUCAGCCGCGGUGCGACGCCACUUGACUCACCCAGUCUAGCGACGUACAGUGCACCUGAGGAGUUCGAAGCAGGCCCCUCAAAUCUCGCGGGUUACUUCGGCAGGAGACCUUCAUACGAGGAUGAUGAACCGCCGGACAUGCGGGAGGAGCACAGUCGAUACUUCGCAACAGGGGAAGACGAGGGCUUCGGCGCAGAGAUAGAUGACGGAGAAGGCACCGAACACGGGGGGUCUCAAGCACUCGGUGCAGUUGAUCUGCAGGCAGGUGACGGCGCGAAUGGACAGCUCGACCAACCUCCUCCGGCUGAGGCACCCGCACAACCCGCCAUGAAUCCCGAAAACGCGCAGCUCGUGUUGCAGGCCUUCGGAGACCUCGGUGACCGCUUAGAGGAAUUGAAUCAGGAAAUGAAUCAGCUUCAAGAAAACCUGGAUGAGAACAUUGAGGAUGACAUGGACGGGGCUCUGGAAGCUAUUGGUCUGAGAGGGCCAUUGCAUGGCGUGGUCCAGAACGCUGCACUGAUGAUCUUCAUCCUCGAUGUGACGAUCGGAUUGGGCAUUUGGGUGCCGUUUACCAUUGGCAAAUCGACUGCACUCCUCUCGUUGGAUCCUCCCCGCCUCCUGUACAUCUUGCAUCUACCGCUCCGAGUGAUCCGGUUUGUGACGGACCCUAUUGUUGACGUUGUAGCUCUGCUGUUCACGAAGCUCGUUGUGCCACCCAUCCUUCGAUUACUGCUUCUGUUCCUGUGGCCAUUCUUAGCCAUAUUCGGCGGUGGACAAGACAUUACCGACACAGGCGCAAAAGCAAAAGGUGGUAUGUACGGAUAUGUCUGCAAGAUGCUGGACCGCUUCGGUGGCGUAUUCUCGACGGUAUCCGACCCGACACCUUCGGAGUCUGUCUCAUUGCUCGACCGCCUUGUAGAGAGCGACUCCGUCGCCUUCCGUUACAUCGAGCCAUAUUUCGCUCCGCUGGGUGGCAAGAUACGGACUAACUCAGAGGAAGCAAAGUCGAACUGGAUACGUCUCGCCAUAGGAAAUGGUCCAAACGAGAAGAUGUUCGCGAUCAUACUUGGUUAUGCCGUCAUCGGGAUCAUGCUUGCUUUGUACCUGAAUGUGCUCACCAUCGGCAACGUCAGAAACGCAGGAAAGGCAGUGCGGAGUGCCGUACGCCAGCAAUUGCUGGUGGUAAAGGUCGCCGCCUUCAUCAUCGUCGAGCUCGUUAUCUUCCCUCUUGGAUGCGGUGCAAUGUUGGACGCGUGCACCGUUUGGCUCGUGCCAGAGGGCAACUUCCAAUCAAGAGCCGCAUUCGUGACAUAUGCACCGGCCACUUCUGUGUUCUAUCAUUGGGUCAUCGGUACCAUGUUCAUGUACCAAUUCGCUGUUCUUCUAGCAGGUUGCCGUGACAUCAUGCGCCCCGGCGCGAUGUGGUUUAUCAAAGACCCCCAGGAUCAGAAUUUCCAUCCAAUCCGCGACAUACUGGAACGCCCGGCCCUGGUGCAGAUUCGCAAGCUGCUACUCAGUGCCGUCAUGUAUAGCUUCGUCGUCGCUGCAGGGGUCGGUACUGUAUCGGGCAUACUGCAAAUGUUCAGCCGAACCAUACUGCCUUUCCGCUGGAAGAUACGAGAACCGCUGACCCCUGUGCCCGUGGAUCUUCUCUUUCUGCACCUCGUUCUGCCCUACACGAUGCAAUAUUUCCGCCCCAAGAAAGUGCUGCGACAGUUCGGCAUCACCUUCUGGAAAUUCCUGGCUGCUCGCCUACGAUUGAGCUCGUACAUGUUUGGUGGCGAAUACCCCAUGGAAGAGUUCACACCGCGUCGUUGGCUGCAUAGGAUCUACACCCCCAGGUUCAUCUCACGUUACGAGAUAAAACGCGACGGUACGUUCAAGCGCGUUCCUAACAGCGACAAUGUCGCUCUCGUCAAGGAUCUCCCUGCGACCGCGGACGUUGACCGCAGCGGAAUCCCUCUCAACGAUGAGCAAGCACGCAUCAUUGCAGCUCAAGAUGCAGAAGCGGAGAAGCACAAGCGGAAUAGCAAGAAAGACUACGCCAUUGCCUACUUCCCACCACACCUCAGAUAUCGCCUCGCAGUCUUCAUCCUAUCGGUUUGGAUUGUUGGCUCCGUGAUGCUUGCCCUCGUGUUGGGCGCCCCCGUUCUGGUGGGCCGUAUGUUCUUCAAGCUCUUCAUCCCGCAUGACGUCCAUGAUGGCUACGCUUUCAUUGCCGGAUUCUACCUCCUCUGGGCGUGCUAUCUCGUUGCAUACUCAGUCGACCGUAUGGACAAACGCCGUCAGCGCAGGGGCAACGCAGCAGUGGAGCAUAGGGCCCGAUGGCCGCUUUACUUGGUCAAGCGGAGCUGCCUCUGGGUCGCCCAGAUGUCUUACAUGGUGUUCUUCCUCGGCAUCGUGAUCCCCACCCUCCUCGCUUUGGUCAUGGAGUUUUAUCUGGUCCAGCCUAUACGACACAUCGCGCGACCGCCGCCUGAGCAGCGCAUCCGUAUUGUCGACAUGUGGGCGUUGGGCCUCCUGUAUUCGAAGAUCUUCCUUCGGGUCUUGCGCAUACAGCCCGGUGGGAAUGGCUUCAUCCGAGGCAUCGAUGUGAUCAUACGAGGAGGCUGGACACAUCCAGACCCCUACAGAGCUACGAGGGACGUCAUCGCCCCCUUGACAUUCGGCUUAUUAGGCAUGCUUUUCUUCCCAGCUGGCGUGCUGUGGGCCCUACGUAACAUUUUCAUGAUACCGAUCGGGGACGAUUUUCUCUUCUUGCAUGUCUAUCCCAGUAUCUUCACAAUCGCAGGGUUCGGACAUACAGCAUACGUACUGUCUCGCGUCUACGGGUCAUGGUCACAGAGCAUUCGCGACAAGGAGUUUCUCGUCGAGAUGCGACUGCAGAAUCUCGAGCACGAAGCAAACAGCGACGCGGAUGCAAAACGUCCUGACGUACCAGUCAACCCUUUGGCCGUGCAGUACAAGCUCGAUGACAGAGAGGACGCUGAAGCUGCACUUGAAGUCGGAGAAGAGGAGGAAGAGGAAGGAGACUGAGCUGUAUUGCAUUGACUUAUCGCAUUUCUUUAUAGUAUACGCACCUGUAUGUAGCAUUGCACCCAGAUCACCUCGCGUGGCACUAUCGACGUCUUAUUGCAGACACAAACUUUGAGCGGAAUCAGAGUGGGUAUCGCUUUAAGAUAC